AAUUAUUGUUACUAGUAAUGUCUUUCUAGAAUCUCUUAUUAACAAUAUUACUACUUACGGUUUUCGUAUCAUUUUUCUUUCUUCAUCUUUAUAAUUUUUUUUUUAUUCUACGGUAUUAUUUUAUUGUUUCUAGGAUCAGCUAGCUCAUUUCAUAAAAACAACAUAUUUUAUUUUCUAUUUUUAAUUAGUAUCACUAGUUAUAUUAAGUACUACUACUAUUUUAAUAUAUAUUUUUUUCUUUUUUGUAUCACCACUACUAUUUUAGGAACUAAAUUUGAUUUUCUUUCAAAAAAGAUUCUUUUCUUUAAGGAAUUCAGAUAGUUUAUGACCCGCUCUUCUACAAAAGAGUUGGCGAAUUACGAUUCAGAAAUUGAAAAAACUCUUCGAUUGCACAGAAAAGGACAAACAUCAUCUCCUCAAAGUAUAACUUGUGAAGAAAUGGAGAAUGAAGAGCUUAAUAAUAACCAACUUCCACCACAUCAAGUGGAAGAACGGUUCGAUGAGGUGGCUUCACGACGUGAUAGAAUACUUAGAGAUUAUGCAAGGCCAGAUCAUUUUGAAGGAGAAUCAAGUGUGAGGAGACCAACAAUUGCAGCAAACAACUUUGAAAUCCACACAGUUAAAACUUGUAGGUAUAAUGGAGUCACAACAGACGCUAUCAGGUUAUGGCUUUUUCCUUUUUCAUUAAAAGGUGAUGCAAAAACAUGGUUGCGAAGUCUGGCAAGAGGUUCAAUCACUACAUGGGACCAAAUGACUCAGAAAUUUCUUAAUAAAUAUUUUUUACCGGCAAAAACAUUUAAAAUGAAGCAAGAAAUCAAUAAUUUUAUGAAGACAGAUUCUGAAUCUGUAUACCAAGCAUGGGAAUGAUUAAAAGCAAUGUUAAGAUAAUGCCCACACCAUGGUAUCCAAGAUCCUGACAUCUUAUAUAUAUUUUAUCAUGGUCUUAAACCCUCUGCUAGAAAUGUUAUUGAUGCAACAUCAGGAGGAUCCAUAAUGAGCAAAACCAUUGCAGAAGCUAUGCAAUUGCUUAAUGAAAUUUCAGAAAAUGCUAUUCAAUGGCCCUUUGACAGAAUGAUUGUUAAAAAAGCAGCAGGAGUCAAUCAAGUGGAUGUGACGACCCUGCCGGUUGUCUUAAGAAUUA